GCGAACAAACAGCGGUACAAUUCAACAAAGCAGCAAUUGUAGGCACUUUAGGAACUGCAGGAAUUGUAACUGCAGGGAUCAUUACCGCCCGCCGCCCGGCGAUGGAAGCAAUGACCUGAACAACUGUUACGAAUCAGGAAUCAUUCCCUUCUUCGAUAUCAUUGUUCCUUUCUUUUUCAAUCCCAUUGAUUUCGCUGUCUUCAAUUUUCUCAUAUAUAUAUAUGCACACGCAUUCUGUAUUCUGCGCACAAGGAAUUCGUGGUUUUUUCAUCGGUGUCAGGCGCUAAUUGGUUCUGUAAUUCCCGCUCCGAAAUGCUGAGCUUGGAUAACUGUUUCAGGAGCUUAGUUUCGGUCAACAAUGAUUUCCCGAGCAAUAAUUUGCAUUGGAUCGGCGGAUUGUUUCCGGAAGAGUCAUCGCCGGCGUCGUUCGUUUCGUUGAUUUCUCCGCCGGCGAAGAUUCGGUGCGUUUCUCGGAGGAGCCGAAGGAGAGGAUUGAUCGGCGGUGGGCCAGGGCGGAGGGGGUUUCUGUCGGUUACUUUGUCUUCGAUUGACGGUGAUAGCGACGGUGAAGGGCGGUACGGCGGCAUUUCAACGAGGGGAGUUUUGGAGAAUAUUGGGGAAAGGAGUGACGGCGAGAGAGAAGAGGAUGCGUUUAGAGAGGUUGUCAGGGAAGAGAGGAGUGGGGCUUUGCAAGGAGUUGGUGGGAGCACUUUGAACACCGCCAAGCAUCUAUGGGCUGGUGCUGUUGCAGCUAUGGUCUCCAGAACUUUUGUUGCCCCUUUAGAAAGAUUAAAGCUGGAGUAUAUAGUUCGUGGUGAACAGAGGAAUCUUUUCGAGCUUAUUAAGUCAAUAGCAGCUUCCCAAGGGAUUAGAGGAUUCUGGAAAGGCAAUUUUGUCAAUAUUUUGCGAACUGCACCGUUUAAGGCUAUCAACUUCUAUGCUUAUGACACCUACAGGAGUCAAUUGCUCAGAUUGUCUGGUAAAGAUGAGACAACAAAUUAUCAAAGAUUCGUUGCAGGUGCUGCCGCUGGAAUUACAGCCACUGUGUUUUGCAUACCUAUGGACACUAUCAGGACAGUAAUGGUAGCUCCGGGAGGUGAAGCCUUGGGUGGAAUCGUGAGUGCUUUUCGCCACAUGAUUCAAACCGAAGGAUUCUUUUCUCUGUAUAGGGGCUUGGUUCCCUCGAUAAUAAGCAUGGCACCUUCAGGCGCUGUCUUCUAUGGAGUUUAUGAUAUAUUGAAAACGGCAUUUCUGCGUUCCCCUGAAGGCCAAAAAAGGCUUCAACAUAUGAAGCAACAAGGCGAUGAGCUGAAUGCUAUGGAACAACUUGAGUUGGGUCCUGUCAGAACUUUAAUCUAUGGAGCGAUAGCUGGUGCGUGUUCUGAAGCUGCUACUUAUCCGUUCGAAGUUGUCAGAAGACAGCUCCAGAUGCAAGUUAAGGCUACAAAGAUGGGGGCAGUACAAACUUGUCUGAAGAUAGUCGAGCAAGGUGGCGUCCCCGCACUCUAUGCUGGAUUAAUCCCUAGUUUGUUACAGGUGUUGCCGUCAGCUGCCAUUAGCUACUUGGUGUACGAGUUCAUGAAGAUCGUUCUCAAAGUCGAAUAAGAAUGUAUCAGAACUUCUUGACUAACCGAGUGAACUUCUCAUAACAUUCGACGACUAGACUCACAAUUCUUGUAUCUUUGCCGCGGUGUACAUCCCAUACGAAGCUUCUGAUAAGGCCGUGUUCGGAUUUGCAGAUUCUUUCGUUUUGCUUCCAGCAGCACAUUGGAGGGGUAAUAUAUCGUACAGCCAGUAUUUGGAGAAUGUACGUGGUUUCGAGUAUAAAGGUCAGGUUUUGUUACCAUGGCCAUGUUAUUCUUGUGUUUCAGAUAUGAUUCGAUCAGUUUGGUUGGCGAA